AUGCACUUCCUAACCCUCCUCCUCACCUCCCUCCUCGCCGCUACCCUCGCCAUGGCCUCUCCCGCCCCGAUGCCCUUGCCCGAGCGCUUCGAACCGCCCUGGCCCGCCACAGGUCCGCUUUCAGGCUCGCUUCCAAAGAACAUGGCGAAGAUCUGGGUGUUUGAUGAUAUGAAGUGCGAUGAUAAUGGUGGGCGCACUUACAUGGUGAAUGUCAUGCCUGGUCAGGAUCGGUGCUUGGCGUUUACGAAUGUGGGGUCGAUAUUUUCGUGGUUUAAGUCGGAUAUUGGCAAAUGCGAAGUCAGUGUGCACAGCGGAAGCGACUGCAAGGGCUGGAAGUGGACGACAAGGAAUAAGGCGUGUAGUUCGGGGCAUUUCGCUUCGGUUCGGGUCAAGUGUCCCAAGGCGUAA